AUGACCGAACGCCACUAUCCGGCUUAUCCUGCGCCAGGCCGUGCAGCAACAUUCCAGCCUGCGAGAGCAUCCAUGCCUUCGAGUCUUGGUUACAACCCAGUUUAUCCCGGCGAUAUCCAUUAUCCUACUGCUGGCGGUCGCUAUACUGGCCACGAUGGGACUUCGCCGAGAUAUCACUACCACGCAACAGCCCCCAUGUCGCGGGGCCCCGGGACUGCAACGUACGCGGUGACCGAUGAUCCUCUGCGACGACCGAGAGACCUCGAACCUCUCCCGGCACCCACGACUACGACCCGCACUCGCCGCUCCUCCUCCAAUGCCGACUCCACGCAUCCGCGACCCAUUAUCAUAACCACAACUCAGCCUAGCGCCCGACCGCACGUUCACAACCCCGCCCGAGAACGUUCCCGUAGCCCUACUCGACCCGAAUAUCGGCCUUCUUCGUCCAUUCGCUCGAGUAGCGUUAAUCAUCAGCCCGCACCCGCCCGACAGCUGUACAGUCCUACGUUUGAAGCAAGCGAUGAAGAUUACAUGACGCGCAUUAGGGGCCCUGAUAUCAUCCCGGCAUCCUCACGUGCGGAGGCAUACCGCAGCGCACGACCCACCGUCGUCUACUCGAGCAAUCCUCGACAGUCAACCAUUGACUUAGGCGAAGAUUACGGUUAUACAAAACCGGGCGAGCUACUGCAGUAUGAUCUCGAGCACCCGAAGCAACACCAUCAUCACCGACGACAUGACAGCUUCGAUCACUACGCCCGGCCAAACGUUUACUACAACCCCGGACCCCGCGGAUUCAGCACUGAGCCGAAUCGUACUCACGAACCAGCCCCUGGUUUGACCAAGUCCGAAAAUCGUGGCGGCCCACCGCCUACCACCUGGGGCUUGGACAAGCUAAAUCGAAGUUCCGCGCUGUAUGAGCCGGUACCCCCACCAGCUCCCAUUCCGCCUUCAGCUCUCCGCGACGGCGCUCCGGGCAGCCCACGCGAGCGCCGAGGCUCCAACAGGCAUGUCCGACCCGUUUCAUUAUAUCAAGAGAUUCCACCCCGCGUCUCACAUGGCGAUGACUAUUACCAUCCUCGUGAGAGGGAGGAAUCCCGCCACCAGAGAGAACACCGGGAAUUUGAGGAUCCUGGGCGCCGCCACUUGGACGAGGAAGUGUUUGUGGAUGAUGAUGUCCGAUUGCGAGGAUUCGGUAUCCGAACUGACUCUGGCCCUCCGCCCCCGGAACCCGAUGACAGGCGGGAGCGGCGCGACCGUGAGCGCGACCGUGAGCGUGAGCGUGAUCGUAGAGAAUAUGUUGAGUCGCACCCGCCACGGAGAUCUGAUGAGGCUAUUGAUCGUGAUUGGGAUCGUAUUGAAAAGCGUGAGCUCGAUGAUAGGCAUGAGCGGAGGAGGAGUAAGCAGAGACCGGUUGCGAAGGAGGACGACGAUAAAGACGUACCUCCCGCCAAUAAAGAGGACGCAGAGCCCUCAAACAACCUUCGGGAUAACCUGAAAGCCGGCCUCGGAAUUGCUGUGUCCUCUAUUGGCCUUAGUCCUACGAAUAAAGAGGAUAAGGAAGUUGAUAAGAAGCGCAGGGAGAGGCGAGAAUCCCCGGACAGGGACAGGGAACGCGCAUCACGGAGAGAAUCUGAAGAAGAUGAUUGGAGCUCGUCGGGUGAUGAAGUCGAGAUAAUCAGUGCUCGCGCUUCUGAUCGCCGACGGCCUCGCGAGAAGGUGUAUGUGCCCAGGGAACGCAAGGAGCGGGCUGAUCCUCCAGAGCCGUCGCCGGUGGAGGAUAACCGACCGGAGGCUGAUGCGCCUCCUGCUGCUGCCGAGAGCUCACCGAGGGUCAGUCGUGACUCUCUUCGAACCGAAGAUGAAGCCGAUAGAUCUCGACAGCGGGAGAGGCGAUCGUCUUUCAACCCUAGGGACGCGGACGACAUACGCGACGUCCAACAGAAGCUUGCGGCUAUGAACGUCUCCGACAAGCAAGAAAAAGUGGUCGUCGUGGAGGAUCCAAAUGACAUCCCACGCCGAGACUCACGAAAGGACGAGCGCUCUGCAUCGAGCAGGCGGGAGUCAUCAUCCCAGGGUCAUGAUCUCGUAGUCUCCAAACCCGAAGACAAGGCCGUUCGCGUCGUCUCCCCACCACCCGAGAAGGCUGGAGCAAAGCCCAUCAAGGGCAUCCUCAAGCCUCCAAGUAGCAAGUUCCCCGAGGACCCGAACCCUAUUAGGGAGGGUGUCGCUCCUCACAAGAACGAUGAGAAACUCAAAGAGGUUCCGGCUGGCGCGCGCUGGACGAGAAUCAGCCGCAAGAUUGUUAAUCCCGAGGCCCUUGCCGUGGGCAAGGAGCGGUUUGAGGUGCGAGAUGACUUUGUUAUUGUGCUCCGUGUUUUAAGCAAGGAGGAGAUUCAGGGGUACGCCGCUGCAACGGCAGUGUUGAGAGAGAGAAGAAGGAAAGAGUAUGAGAAGAGCAAAGGACAGGACUAUAGUGAUGAUGAAAGAGAUGAUGAUCGCAGAAAACAUCGCCGGUAUAGAGAGAGGGACGACUAUAACGAGGACGACGCCGACGAGGGCGACCGUGAACGACGGCACAGGAGACACCGUCGGUAUGACGAAGAAGAGGACGAGCAUCGCCGGCGCCAGGAGCAUCGUCACCAUAGGCGAUCGCACCGUGAACGAGAACGAGACCUUGCGGCACCGUGA